AUGCCUGGGGAUCCAGUCACUUCCUCCCUGUCCUCGGUCGACGACCACAAGGAACAUGUAGCGCUUUGGAUGCAGUUGACGGCCUACCCAGCCUCCACGGCACGAACGGGAGGCCACUCCCACCCCGCCGCACGAGGCGGCGGCGCGAUCUACGCAUGGGCUUCUAUCGUCCGAUUGUGCGAUGAUGCGAGUGGGAAUGAAGAAGAAGUACAAUUCUAUGAUGAUGUUUGUUUGAUGGAGGUGUUGCCGGAGGAGUAUGCGUUUCUGAGGGCGUCUGUUAAGGGGACGAGGAGUCCGCCGCGGAGUCCGCCGGAGAGUUGGUUGAGGAUGGUUGGAAUCGGCAGUGGGAGUGGGAGUGUGGUGGAUUUGAGACAGAUGAGUCCGUUGAGUGCGGUUAGGGAGAGGAUUGAGCAACAAGCACGGCAACGACGGUCACCCUCCCUCUCUCCUCCGACAUUGCCACUGUCUCCCUCGAUGGAGGCUGGAACUCAAGCCGGACGCUUCGCCCUCCAUCAAUCGUCCUACACGCGCCCAACCCUCGGCCCCCGGGACCCGAGGAUCAUGGUCCAACGCUCUACACCGACCGUCAGCGAGGUCGGAACGGCGAUGAGUGAGAUGGAAAUGGAUGUCUCGGAUGAAGCGAUUGAGAGUAGGAUACGCGAGUUACGGGAGGUGCAGGCGCAGUAUGAGGCUUUGAAGCUGAGGAUGAAGGAAGAAGAGGGUUUGGUGGCGUCAGAGCUGCUCGGGGAAAGUUCCCCGUCCCCUUCGCCGGCACCGGGUGUCAUUCCACAACCAGAGAUGUCGUUCGCGAAGCAUACGGCGCUUUUGGCUGCGAGAACUCCGAGUCCGCGAACCCUACCGCCCUCACUUACACCCUCGCCUGGCCCUCCCCCGAGCGAAGGCCUCUCCGUGUUCCUUACCUCGAGCCAGAGUCACAGCCCCGGGAGCCCUAGUCCGGGCACGACAGUCCAUAACCCUUCUCCGCAACCUACGUUGAGGGAGGAGGGACAAGACGCGGAUUUUCUGAUGUCCGUGAGGGAAAGUCGGUCGCCUGGUCCCGGUAGUGUCGUGUCUGGUGAUGAUCAGUCCCAUCUGGGCUACGUAUCGACGGGGCUGGUAUCCCCCGUCGAGGGCCCUUCCCCAACGACAACGUCGAAUUAUGAUUCGGUGUUGCGGUAUGCGUCUUCUACUGAAGCCGGAGAGGAGUAUUUCCCUCCGCAGUUCACGGGGAUGAAUGUGCCCGGCGAGGAGGACAGAGGAGGAGGUGGCCAUGGUCUUCGGCAGGGUGGAGGAGGGUAUUCGGCGAGUCAUGCGUUCCCGUCUGGGAUGUCUCCGCUUCAACUCCAGACUUAUGAUCAGCAAUAUGGACGAGAUCCGUCGCUGUCACCGCGCUCGCCUGAGAUCUUUGCGUCCCCGGAGAUGUUGUCGCCGCUUUCCGGGACGUAUAGUAAAUCUUCGCAGAGUUACCCGAUUACGCCAUCGACGGCGACAGCGAUGCAGUUCAGUCUUCCCAAUUCGAUGUCGCCUGGGAACUCCCCGUCUUUCUCUUCGCCUCUGUAUUACUCGCCAACAUCGGAGGAGUUUUACAAGCAAGGUGUGGAGCAUCCGGGACGCGGUUCGUUUGGGUACCAAGUCACCAAUCCGGAUCUGUGCACUCCAGAGCCUGAUGAGCCUUCACCCGAGAGCUCACCGCCGUCGAUGUCGGCAGUCAACACGCGUACGAGCUCGAGCUCACCGUUCUCCACUGAACUGCUGCCGCGAGGCGUGCCCCGUUGCCUUCCUCCCCUCGAGCCGAAGCACACCAUUCCACCCGUCCCUGUUCCGCUCGCCGAUAGGCGUAUCGAUUUUGCCAGGGAGUAUAACAUGGGUAUCGAUCCUCGCACUUUGGUUGGGCGUAUAUUGACUCGAAUCACCCUCCGCAAGAUCGAUACCAAAGAUCGUCAUCCGACGCGAACUCUACAAUUUAGCGAAGGCAAAGAUGUGGAGAUCAGGAUCAGGGAUUACCACACCCUUCAGAUCGACGUACCGGAGAUCCGGAUCGACGGGGACUUGGCGACCGAGUUGAACAAUUAUGGCGUAACGCACAGCUUCAAGGUCCAGGACUGCGCAUACGUCCUUCGCACGGGUAUGGUCUACAGUAAGGAGCGAAAGACAAUGAUACCGAUUGAAUACAUCGCGUUACUCAUACAGUUUCAUGGGCGUGCGAUGCCAGUGUAUAUCUACGCUUUGUAUUCCGAGUGGGAAGAGAAAAUGUCAGGUGUUGUCCCGAGCUUUUAUCGGGAGUUCGCGCUGACGCCUGCCGUGAUUGAGAAGAAGGGGAGGCGGUGGAGUGGAUUUGGAAGGAAAAAGUCAGAUCAGGGCAAGUGA